CUUUCUCUCUUCUUCAUUAUAAUUAAUUAACUUCCAUCUUCUCUUCAACAUAUUAAUUUGUUUCACCAUGUUGUCCAAGAAAGCCACAUGCAACUCCCAUGGCCAAGACUCUUCUUACUUUCUAGGGUGGAAAGAAUAUGAGAAGAACCCUUAUCAUCCUCUCACCAACCCUUCUGGUAUUAUUCAACUCGGUCUUGCAGAAAAUCAGCUCUCAUUUGACCUUAUUGAGUCAUGGCUUGAAAGUCAUCAAGAAGCAAUGACUUUGAAAAAAGAUGGUGUGCUUAUGUUCAAAGAACUAGCUCUAUUCCAAGAUUACCAUGGCUUGCCUGCUUUUAAGUCUGCAUUGGCUGAGUUCAUGAGUGAAAUGAGGGGAAACAAAGUUGAGUUCAAUCCUGAGAAGUUGGUCCUCACUGCAGGAGCUACCUCUGCUAAUGAGACCUUGAUGUUUUGCCUCACCGAUCCAGGCGACGCCUUUCUUCUCCCUACUCCUUACUAUCCAGGUUUUGAUCGGGAUCUCAAAUGGCGAACGGGAGCGGAGAUUGUUCCGAUACAUUGUUCGAGUAACAAUGGCUUCAAGAUCACAAAACAAGCACUAGAGAAAGCUUACAACAAUGCGAAGAAGCGAAAUCUUAGAAUUAAAGGAGUGUUGAUCACUAAUCCUUCAAAUCCACUAGGCACUUCAAUGACUAGAGAUGAGCUUGAUAUCCUCAUAAACUUCAUUGCUUCCAAGGACAUUCAUCUAAUAAGUGAUGAAAUCUACUCGGGCACCGUCUUCGCCUCACCGGGAUUCAUCAGUGUCAAAGAAGUCAUCAAGGGAAGAGAUGAUGUAUCUAACAAGGUUCACAUUGUUUAUAGUUUAUCGAAAGAUCUCGGUCUACCGGGUUUUCGUGUCGGGGCAAUUUACUCGGAAGAUGAUCUUGUUGUUGCCGCCGCAACAAAAAUGUCGAGUUUUGGUUUAAUCUCUUCGCAAACUCAGUACCUUCUCUCCGUCAUGCUCUCCGAUAAAGACUUCACGAUGAAAUACAUUAUGGAGAACAAGAAAAGACUUGAACAUCGACAUCGAAUCUUUGUCGACGGCCUCGAAAGUGCCGGAAUUAAAUGCUUAAACAGCAAUGCAGGAUUAUUUUGUUGGGUAGACAUGAGACAUCUUCUUAAAUCAAAAACAUUUGAAGCUGAAAUGGAGCUGUGGAAGAAGAUAUUGUUCCAAGUUGGUCUAAACAUUUCUCCGGGAGCUUCUUGUCAUUGCCAAGAACCUGGUUUUUUCCGAAUGUGCUUCGCAAAUAUGUCAACAGAUACUCUCAAUCUUGCAUUACAAAGGCUCAAUAACUUUGUAGAAGCCGACGACACUAAUUGCACUCAUCGUCGGCUUUCUUCUCUUCCCAAAUGGGUUCGUCGGCUUUUCGCCUUCUCAUCCCAAAUGGGUUCUUCGCCUUUCGCCUUCUUAUCGAAAGUCCGAACGCUAGAUAAAACUCAACAUCCAUGUGUAAAUGCACUCAAUCCUAGUGGAUUGGCAGUGUCUAGCUAG